UUAAAAUUUGCACAAUCCAUCAUAUACUGCAGAUCAGUUGCCACCAACAUGACUUCUGAAAAGCAUUUCAUGUGCAAAUCAACAGUAAUAAUGGGGUCUAAUAUAUCAUAUCUGAACCUUACAGAUUUGGCACUCACAAUUUAAUCAGCCUCUCAUGUCCAGCCCCAGUAUCAGCUGGGAGCUGCACACUCUACAACUCUGGGGCUUUUAAACCAGUGUGGGAAGUGCUGGGAACUUCAUUUCGGCAUGGAUUUGAAAGGGCAUUAUCAUUUCUGAAUCAUCUGAAAAACUACCAAAGUUUAUACUGGGACUGCAAAUGAACUGGACAUGGUCGAUUCAAGGAAUACUUCAGAAAGUAAUUGCGAUAGAAAUAAAAUCAUUACCCAACAAAUUAUUCCAUUGCUCUACGGUUUCAUCUUUAUAGGUGGAAUACUGUUAAAUGCAGUGGCAGCUUGGAUCUUUCUUCACAUUCCUAGCAAGACAAGUUUUAUUGUUUAUCUCAAGAACAUUGUUGCAGCCGACCUUAUUAUGAGCUUAACUUACCCUUUUAAAAUAUUUUCUGACUCCAAAAUUGGACAUUGGCAGCUCGACAUCGUUGUCUGCCGCUUUUCUGCUGUCAUCUUUUACCUAAAUAUGUAUAUUAAUAUAACAUUAUUUGGACUCAUAGGCUUUGACAGAUGCUUUAAAGUAAUGAAGCCCCAAUUCAGCACUUCUGCUUUCAGUGUCCAGUGUAGCAAAAUUGUAUGUCUGGUCGUAUGGCUGCUACAGAUUGUUAUCUCUUUUCCCAAUAUUAUUUUAACAAACCAACUUCCUACAAAAAACAAUUCAAAUGACUGUAUGAAGCUCAAAAGCCCUCUUGGACUCCAGUGGCACAAAGCUUCAAACUACACAUGCCUAGGAAUUUUCUGGAUUGUGUUUUUUCUCCUAAUAGUCUUCUACAGUUGCAUUGCCAAGAAAAUAUAUAUUUCCCACCAAAAGUUUAAGAAAAACUCCACGCUGGCAAAGAAAAAGACCAACCGAAACAUUUUCACCAUCAUGUUUGUGUUUAUCGUUUGCUUUGUUCCGUAUCACCUGGUCAGAGCCCCAUAUACGUUAAAACAAAUCAAACCUGAUUACGACUGUCAGAUUAAAAAUAUACUGUAUUACCUAAAAGAAUUUACAUUGAUACUGUCAGCUGCAAAUGUUUGUCUUGAUCCAGUUAUUUACGUAUUCCUUUGUCAACCGUUUAAGGAAAAACUGUACCAAAAAUUGCAUCUGAAAGUUAAAACAUCUGAAGAGUUUGAAAAUUCUAAAUCAAGAAAGUCAAAUGCUAUUGUUGAAACUGUUAUUGUUUUAUAAAUUUUAACAGCAAUAUUAUGGAAAUGUGGGCAUGUUGUUGUAUUAAGGAAACAGUGUAUGACUGAUAAAAUAAUAUUUGCCCUACUCAAUCAUUGCUGUAAUACCUAUCCAGAAACCCUUCUCCUUACAUGAUGAAUUGAUUACACACUUAAUUACUCAAGUAGUACUCGAUUUACAACAGUAGCUGGGAUACAUGAUCAAAAUUUGGAUACUUGGCAGCCGGCAUGUAUUGAUGACUGUUGCAGUGUCCUGGAGUCAUAUAAUCUCUAUUUGUGACCUUCCCAGGAGGUUCUGACAAGCCCAAUCAAUGGGAGAAGUUGGAUUUGCUCCACAUGCAACAACCUCGGCAAACAAAAAGGUCAUAAAAUCCAGCACAGCCAACAUAACAAUUGCCUUACUUAGCAGUAGAAAUUCUAGUCCCAAUUUGGUUGCAAGUUGAGGACUACCGGAACUAUAUAGAAAAAUGUGAUGCUAAAGUAAACACAGUUGACAAGAUUCUAUAUACAAACUCCUGUUUUCCUUUAAAUAAAUCUGGUUAAUAACAAUGUGUGAUCUUCCAACUUCGUGUUGGCAUAUGGUUGUGAAGGGUUUGACACAGAUCACUCUAUUCAUGGUUGUAUUAUGUGCUUGUAUAAUCUCAUCAAUACUUUCCUGUGAAUUACUUGGGAAAUAACAGUGGCAUAAAGGUAGACCUCAACUUACAACCCACAAUUGGGACUAGAAUUUUCAUUGUUAAGUUGUUAGGUGAGCUACAAUCCUGUCUACAAUCUUUUUUGCUAUGGUUGUUAAAUGAAUCAUUGUAAUUAUAAGUGAACUGCACAAUCUUUAAGCAAAUCCAGCUUCCCCCAUUGACACUGCUUGUCAUAAGCUAAUUGGGAAGGUCACAAAUCAUGAGCCUGGGACAGUGUAGUUGUCAUAAAUAUAUGCCAAUGGCCAAAUGCCCAAAUUUUGAUCAUGUAACCAUGGAGAUAUUGCAACGAUUGUAAAUGUGAGGACUGGUUGCAAGACAUUUUUUUCAGUGCCAUUGUAAUGUCGUAAGGUUGUAAAUUGUUUACAAAUGGUUGUAAAUCAAGGACCACCUGGCUUGGUAUUUUGAGGUUUGAAAUAGUGGUGGGAUUUUUACUACUGGUUCUGUGUAUGUAGCUUGGUGGGUGUGGUAGGGGAAGGAUAGUGUAAAAUCUUAAUUCUCUC